GUGACGUGUGGGUUUCCUGAGUCUCUGCAGCAGACUCUCUGAAAGCAAAGCCUGCUCUCGCGUCUGGACAGGCCAGCCGUGUGUUUCAGCUGUGAUGAUGGCAAACCAAAGGGAGGAGAAGUUUAGGUCACAUGGUGCCGAAGUCAUUCUGAAAGUAUGCUAGCGGGGGAACUGCAAAGAGACGCUGCCAUGCCACCAGCAUCAUCUGAAGAGCUGCACACCCUUUUCUAGCAGGCAACAAGACGAGGAGCGAAAACAUGUCUGACCCGACAACUGAGUCCGACCCGACAACUGAGUCCGACCGACCACUGAGUCCGACCCGACCAGCCCCACCUUUAACACCACCUUCAUCACCACCUUCAUCACCACCGACUCCAGCUCAGGAACCACCAACAUGGACGUAGUCCAUGACAUCACGGCCGCCGACGGCCUGACCUCCAGAACCAACCAGGUGUACAGCGCCGUGGCGCUGCUGGGUUUCUGCGCCGGCUGCUUCGUGGUCUUCAGCUUCGUCCAGACCUUCCGGGCCCAGCGGCGGCUGGCCUGGCUCGACUGCCUCCUCUGGGUCUUCUGCGGCCUCCAGCUGCUGCUGCUGCUCCUGUCGCUCCACAUCGUGGCGCACCGACCCAAAUACAUGCCGAACUCGCCGCUGGGCUGCGCCGCGCUCUCCUUCGCCGUCAACGCCGCGUCUCUCUGCGGAGUUUUGGUCUUGGUGCUGAUGGCGUUCGUCCUCACGCUGGACCCGCCGUCCAACGCGCCGCUGCGGAAGCCGACGGUCUGCGCGGCGCUGGUGCUGCUGACCUCGAUGGCGGUGAGCCUGCUGCUGGCAGGGAUUCGGGGCCUGCCGCCGGGGCCGGACUGCGUCAUGGAUCCGGCCCCGGCCGGGGUCGCGUACGCAGCGGCGAAGCUUUCUCUGGCGGUUCUGGUUCCCUACGCCCUGCAGGUUGGACUCCUGGUCAGCGGCUGCGUCCGCCAGUGGCGAUCCAAAGGCCGCUUCCUGUCGGGCUCGGAGGACGGUCCGGUCUUCCUGAUCGUCACGGUGCUGGUGUUCCUCUGCCAGCUGUUCCACUGCGCGGCGCUGCUGCGGGCGGCCGGUCUGGUCCAGGACAGCCACCUGGAGCGGGCCUUCCUGACCGUGGCGGAGUGCGUCCUGUUCUCUGGCAGCAGCCUCAGCCUGCUGCUGGUGCUGCUGCUGCACCGGCCCAGCCGGGAGAGCCUGCAGGGGGCGCUGCGGCAGCUGCGGGACUGCUGCCGGAGGCCCGGCCGCGCUCAGCCCAACAGGAACAUCAUAGCGCCGCACAUCGAGAUCACAGACACGCUGUAGGACAUGUAGUCUGAGGCCGCCAUCUUUUUAAACCCGUUUCUGCAAACCGCAAGCGCAGAAGAAGAACGCCGACGUCACAGCGCGCCCUGUUUACGGAAGCGAUGAUGACCGCCGCCGCUCCGUCGAUGGAUUUUAAAGGAACUAUGAUGCAAACUUCAUGUUUUCCAUGUUUUUAUGUUUCCAUUGGGUUUCAACAAGGCCGUCAAUUUCUACAUUUAGAUUUUCACAUCGAUUGUUAGGAAAACUGAUCCAAGCAGAAUCAGAAGAUUAAACACUCUGGAUGUGAGUUUCUAUGCCUGCAGUUUUAUUUUUAUUUCUUGAAAGAUUGAAAAAUCUCAAA